AUGGCGCCUUCAGCAACAGACACCUCCUUCGCAGCCCACGUAGCAAAUCAAUUCCAAUCCUACGAAUCAGACCGUCAAGCCACUUCCAAAGAAACACUCUACACCACCUCCAACGGCGUCCCCAUCGCACACCCCUAUGAGACCCAACGAGCCGGUGAAAAUGGCCCUCUUCUCCUACAGGACUUCCACCUGAUCGAUCUCCUCUCACACUUUGACCGCGAGCGUAUUCCCGAGCGUGUUGUUCACGCAAAGGGAAGUGGUGCGCAUGGUUACUUUGAGUGUACGGACCCGUUAGAUGAUCUGUGUCUGGCGGAUAUCCUGUCUGAGAAGGGGAAGAAAUGUUCGGUUAGUAUGAGGUUUUCGACGGUGGGUGGUGAGUCGGGAUCGCAUGAUAUGGCGAGAGAUCCUAGGGGGUUUUCGGUCAAGAUGAGGACUGAUGAGGGUAACUGGGAUAUGGUCUUCAACAACACGCCUGUUUUUUUCCUGAGAGAUCCCGCCAAGUUUCCUCACUUUAUCCAUACUCAAAAGCGAGACCCAAGCACUCAUCUCACCCACGCCGACGACUCAUUCAUGUUCUGGGACUACCUCUCCCAGAACCCCGAGUCAAUCCACCAAGUCAUGAUCCUCAUGGGCGAUAGGGGGAUUCCAAAGGGGUACCGAAAGAUGAACGGCUACGCUGGCCAUACUUUCAAGCUUGUUAACAAGGCUGGCGAAUGGGUCUACUGUCAGAUUCACCUCAAGUCCAUGCAGGGCAUCGACUUCGUCACCCAGGAGGACUCAGCCGACUACUCCCCCGAUUUCUCCCAAAAGGAUCUCUAUGAAGCAAUUCAGAACGGAGAUUAUCCUAAAUGGACUCUUGAAGUUCAGACCAUGACCCCCAAGGAAGCCGAGGAACUGUGGGAGAAGCAAAAGAUCAACGUCUUUGACCUGACGCACGUCUGGCCUCAGAAGCAAUUCCCACUCCGAAAGGUUGGAGAGUUUACUCUGAAUGAGAACGCAAUCAACUACUUUGCCGAAGUUGAGCAGAUCGCUUUCAAUCCUUCUCAUCUUCCUCCUGGAGUCGAGCCAUCGGCUGAUCCCGUUCUCCAAUCCCGGCUGUUCUCUUACCCAGACACCCAUCGCCAUCGUCUCGGUGUAAACUACCAGCAACUUCCCGUCAACGCGACUAGAACAGGUUAUCAAUUCGGCAACUUCCAGCGCGACGGCCAAAUGGCAUUCUAUAACCAGGGCGCACGACCGAACUAUCUCUCCUCCAUUGAUCCUAUCAAGUUCAAGUCCCGCGCUGUGGAUCUAGACAAGACCCAUGGCCAUUUCACUGGGGAAGCUAUUACGUUCCUCACCGAAAUCCGACCAGAGGACUUUAACGCCCCUCGCGCACUUUGGAGAAAUGUAUUUGAUGAGCCAGCUCGUGAGCGUUUCAUCAACAAUGUCACAGGCAAGAUGAAGCUGUGCAAGCAGGAAGAGCCUUUGAAGCGACAGAUUGCUAUCUUCCGAGAGGUUGACCCUGAGAUUGCGGAGAGAUUGGAGAAGUCAACUGGCAUCAAGGGAUACGAUGGAAUUGCCAAUAUGUCCUUCAACGGUACACAUAACGGUAUGGCUUCUGGAAAGAGUAGCAGUGCCAAUGGAAUUAUCGACAAGAACAAGACUCCUGUUGCACGCCAAGGUGCGCCUGGUUCUGGGGCUCAUGGCAGUAUGGUAACAAACGGAAAGUCAAACGGUGUAAACGGACAUUAA